AUGUUUGAUUGGAUUAUAGAAGUGAAUUUAGUUGAGGAAAAAGAAUUAUCAGAAUCGGAAAAGUCUUCACUUCUUUCUAAACAAGAUCAAAACAAGAUAGAUGAAGUAGAAAGGACUAAAACAAAUUCAAAGAAACCUCAAACAUCCGGAAAUGAAAAACCAAUUGAUCGUUCAGAAUCAAGUUCAAGUUCAAGUUCAGAAUCAGAAUCAGAAUCAAAAGAAACCAAAAAACCAAAAAAUUCACUGAUUGAACAAUUCAAACAAAUGUAUCAAAAUUGGAAAAAAACAAUCAUCUCAAAUUGGAAAAAACAUACUUCGAUGGAACCAUUGGAAAAAGAAGAAACCAAAACUUAUCCAGAAAGUAAACCAGGUACAUACAAACAUUGGUAUCGUACCUCAGAUUCGAUCUUAGCACGAUUAUUUAGAGGGAUCAGACGUUAUUUCACUUUGAAUAAACCUCAACCUGUUAAAGGACCAUUAAAACCUAAAGUAGAAGAAAAAGCUCCCACAACUGAAACUAAACUUGCUGAAUCUACUAAAGAUCUUCCUACUGCUACUGGAAGUAAAGAUACUGAAAAACCCAAAGAGGUUCAAGUAGGCUCUGAAGUCGAUCCCAAGAAAACUUCAUGA